CCUCUGUCCCCUUACGAUACUCCCCUCCUGUCUCCACCUCUGAAAUUAAAUGAUUGUAUUGAGCCACUGUAUGAGAAUUUAACAUUACAGCAAAUGUGAAAACUAUAUAACAGAUUCUAAUAAAGCACAACUCUGGGUGACCUCAUACCAGGUAAUUUGAAGUUUGUUAUAUAACAACUAGUUCAGGCUGUGGCGAAAUCCUACACGGAUCCUUCACCGUGCGCUGCCACUUUAGGAGUGCAUCAGAGGUCAGAAAGGAGGAAAUAACAAUAGUUCUUCCAACAAAAAAAUAAUAAUAACUAAAUACAAUUUUAAAAAGAUAGUUCUUUCGGCACUCUGGGAGGUAGCUCUCGGUUGGCGCGGCAGUUUGAUUGUAGUGUGCAAUGCUGCAGAAGUCUUGUUAAUUUUCAGCGUGCUGAAUUUGUAAAAUGUUUAACUCGAUUAUCGGUGUUACUGUUUCUUUCUUUCUGUAUUGAUGUGGGGUGGUACUAUUUUGUUUUGUCUACCCCCCAUGCAUACCCUCUGCACUCCUCCACUGGUAGGUAAUACAGAUUAUUGCAAAUCCUCUGAUAUUGAUGAUUGGGUCCUUUCUUGUAAAUUGUUUCUCUGAAGUUGCCGUUAACUUAAAUUGCUCUGCCAUUAUUAUUGUGUGAAUUAUUAUUGGUGGGGUUCCCCCUGUGCUGUGAUGUGUUUUAUAUGGUGUCCUAUCUUUUCUCUCCACUGGCUAUGUGGAAACAGGCUACACUCUAGGCAGUCUCUUCUGCUGAUGUGUGUGGGUCUGGUAGUGGUACUCUCUCUAUCCUACUAUUUUCCUUUCGGCAUGGUUAAUACCUGCCUGGCGCCCAAACAAAAUCUUUAUCUUUACCCCUUUAACAAUACCGCUACAAGGCCUUCAUCAAUGUUUUCUUAUUCCUUGAUAACCUUCUGUUAUUAAAAAACGAGGCCAACUGAUCGCUAGGAGCAAGUUACACAGGAAAUCGAUAGUUCCUUGACUAUUAGUAUGCGGUCUCAAUAUGGGAGUUAUAAGUAUGUUCUACAGGAGCUGAAAGGGUUAAUGGGGAAAGUGAAGCAGGUUUUAGAACAGAAGUAAAAUGGCAUGUGACUACCUGAGGAACUACUUGCCAAAUGUUGCGUAUUCCAUGAUCACAUUAUAACCACUGUAAAUCCUUGUUAGACUGAGAAGCAUAUGUCCUCUUCUGCGUGUGGUGAGUAAAACAGGAAAAAGUUAUAUAUUUUCACAUUUACCUCUGUCUUGUUUAACAGGUUUUGUUCAGUUUAACUACUUCAGUAUAGUAUUAUUGACCAUUAUAUGAAGUUAACCGUUUAGGAACCAAGUUGGAUUACCCAUAAGUGGGGCUGUCAAAUGAUUUUUAUUUUUUUAUUUUACCUUUAUUUAACCAGGCAAGUCAGUUAAGAACAAAUUCUUAUUUCCAAUGACGGCCUGGGAACAGUGGGUUAACUGCCUGUUCAGGGGCAGAACGACAGAUUUGUACCUUGUCAGCUCAGGGGUUUGAACUUGCAACCUUCCGGUUACUAGUCCAACGCUCUAACCACUAGGCUACCCUGCCGCCCCAUUGAUUCAUGUAUACAAUUACAUGAUAAACUCUGGUCCAUAUAGUUAUUCGCCAUCAUGUGACAUGACCAAGGAAACGUCUUUUAGGUUUCUAGGGUUAUGUGAUGUCUUUCAGUGAAUACAGUAUUGAUUAAUACGAUCACAUUGUUAAAAUUACAGCAAGUAAAUAUGAAUCCGGCACAAUCAUAACCAGGAAAAUCCACUUGUAUCUUCUGACUUGGGCACUAGAACAACUGAUGAAAUAUGAUUGUCUAAUUGUUUUUCAUUCUGUAAUUAACAAAAGUCAUAUGUCCUACACCUAUGAUGAAGCAGUUAUUUAAAAUAUUUUGUAUUUGUCUUUUAUUUACAUUAGAUCUCAAGUAGCCUAUAACUCGAAUACAUCAGGAAGAGUCUUGAGAAGAACCUCACUGGACUCAAUUUGUUGGUGACAAGACACUUUUUCUUCCAAAAAAGGAAACGAAGCUCCUUAAUAUGGAACUGAAAAGAACCUUGUCAGGAAAAGGAAAUGGGUCAACAUAUUCUCGGUUGAGUUUCUUUCUAUGCAUUCUUCUGUAUUUCUGGGUUAUAUUUAAUCCAGUAAAUGGCUACUCAAUGAAACACUGCAGAAUCAGGGAAUCUCUAAACACGUCUGUGCUAUGUGAUGGCAGGAACCUCAAUGUCGUACCAGCAGACAUCCCAUUAUUGGUGAGAUCUGUAAACAUAGCAAAGAAUAACAUUUCACAGAUAAAAAGUGAGGAUUUCAAAGAUCUAAAGUUCCUCAAAAUGUUAAUCAUGUACAGCAACAGGAUCUCUCAUGUUGAGAAUGGGUCUUUUUCAGACCUGGUGGCUCUAGAGCAGCUGAAUCUGGCCUUUAACAAACUCACAUCCCUCUCAGACCAAAUGUUUAAGGGCCUGGACAACCUCACAGUACUACAAUUGGAGAACAACCACAUCUCAAGUAUUGCCUCAUCAUCUUUUCAGUUACUCUUCAGCUUGAAGGUGCUGAACUUAACCAGCAACAAACUACAUUGUUUCAAGGAGCUCCAGCACAUUUUACAAUUGCCAAGCUUGCUGAAGUUGUUCAUUGGGAACAACAGCUUGAACUCUUUGCAGUCACAGGAAAUAUCAAAUAGGCCAAUAGGGCUGACAGAGCUGGAUCUAUCCAGGAAUCCUCUGGAGAUCUUCAGUGUCACAGCAGAUAUUUUUCCCUAUCUUAAGAAACUAGACCUCUCCUUCUGUGGCAUUAAUGGAAGCAUGGAAUGGGAUGUAGCGGACAGGUAUUUUCUGAGUAAUGUGAGCAGCCUCGACUUGAGUGGCAUUCACAUGUCUUUACAAGGGAUUGGUUCGGUGCUCCAGAGCAUCAACUAUUCGUUGGCAUCCCUGGGGCUGGAUAAAAUAGGAAAAGAUAAUCUCAUUAAUGUAGCCUGCCACAUACCUACAUUGAAGACCCUCCGAUUGCAAUGUAACAACUUCAGUAGUAUCUCUGACAAGCUGCUGCAGUCCUGCACACAGGUGACUGACCUGGACAUAUCAGGUAAUAAUAUUACUGACCUGUCAGAAGCUGCUUUUCGAUCAAUAAAAGAUCUUAAAACUCUGAGACUAGGCUAUGAUGGCCUCUCUUCUGUGCCGAAUGCUACAAGGAAUCUCCGCACAUUAAAAAAAUUGGAUCUCAGCCACAACAUCAUCAAAACUUUAGGCUGCUCGGAUUUCUCCAAUCUAAGAAGACUUGAAAAACUCUAUCUUCACAACAAUUUAAUCUCAAACCUUGAAAGGUGUGUUUUCCUGGAUCUAAGGGCCUUAAAUAGCCUGACACUUAGAAGGAACAGAAUCCUAAACUUGGGUGACGCUUUCACAAAGGGUUUGCAACAUUUAAAGAGCUUGGAUUUAGGAUUCAAUAAACUAACGAACAUCAGAACAAAUUACUUCAAAAGCUUAAGAUCACUUGAGGAUUUGGCUUUAUAUGACAAUGAAAUAAAGACACUGGAAGAUGGGGCCUUUGUGGGUUUGGCCAAACUUAAAAAUCUUGUCCUGCUAAACAAUGUUAUAGGUAAAAGUGAAAUCCGAGGUGCUGUGUUCAAAGGACUUAGAAGCUUAAAAACUCUCAAUAUGGCUUCCAAUGCUAUCAAAUAUGAAAAAGAUGAACAACUACAACAGCCACCCUUCACUGACCUGUCAUCUCUGGAAAACCUCUACAUAUUUAGUCAGCAUUAUAGUAAGUAUAUGAGACAGUCUUGUCUACCUUCCAACUUUCUUGAAGGUCUGAACAUGUUAUCAGAGUUCCAAGCAGGGAAUCUUCAUAUUAUGUCCCUGCACCCUGACACAUUCAUUCACACGCCCCAGUUGUUGUCCCUUGAUAUCAGCCAGAAUUUCUUCCAUGCCCUCUCCCCAGAGCUCUUUCACCCAAUCCCCAAGCUUAAAAGACUCACCAUCUCCAAAACUGAACUUGAGUCAUUAGAUUUCCUUAUAGAAGCCAAUCUCACUCAAGUCCGUUUCUUAAAGGUGAGACAGAAUAAAAUUACAUGGACCAAUGAGACAGUGCUGCACUCUCUCCCAGCCUUAACUCUCCUGGAUAUGCAAAGGAAUCCUUUCAUUUGUGACUGCAGAAAUGCUUGGUUUGUUCAUUGGGCUGAGAGCAACAACCAAACACAAGUUGCUUAUGCCCAUGAGUAUCCAUGUAGCUAUCCAGACGAUCUCAAGGACACUAAACUGUUGGACCUGGACACCCACUCCUGUUCAGUGGACCUAGGCAUUAUCUACUUCCUCUCAACCACUUCUCUGGUCCUCCUCACCCUGCUGGGGUCCUUUAUCUAUGAUCUCCUAAGGUGGCAGGUGGUAUAUGCCUACUACCUCUUCCUGGCUUAUCUCCAUGACUCCAAGCGGAGGAACAGACAAACUCCUCAUCAGUACGAUGCUUUCGUUUCCUACAACACCCAUGAUGAAUGCUGGGUCGUGAGGGAGCUGCUGCCAAAGUUGGAGGAAGAGCAGGGCUGGAAGUUGUGUCUUCACCACCGGGACUUCCAGCCAGGUAAACCCAUCAUAGAGAACAUCACAGACGCCAUCUACAGGAGCAGGAAAACCAUCUGUGUGAUCACCCAGCGAUAUCUGCAGAGCGAGUGGUGCUCCAGAGAGAUCCAGGUGGCCAGCUUCCGUCUUUUUGAUGAGCAGAAGGAUGUGCUGAUCCUGGUGUUUCUCGAAGAGAUCCCAGACCACCAGCUCUCACCCUACCACCGCAUGAGGAGGCUGGUGAAGAGACGCACCUACCUGAGCUGGCCAAGAGCUGGGGAGGAAACAAGGGUCUUCUGGCAGAAACUCCAGGUGGCUUUGGAGACCAGGGACUGGCCUGCUGAGGAGAACCCCAUCCUCACCGGGGUGGAGAGGCAGUGACAUAGACAACUGUCAUGCUCCGAUUUAUAUUAUAUUUUUGGUUUGAACUUUUAAAUAUUUAUUUUAUUUGUUACAUGGUUGAAUAAUCUGAUCUAUGUUACAUGGUUGAAUUGGAUCUGAUUUUAAUUGCUAACAUGUCGAUUGCCAUAAUAAAUAUAUAUGCCGAUAGUGGACAACCUUGUUUUACUCCUCUUGACAGUUGAACUUUUCUUUAUAUAUAUUGCAUGAUUGAAUAACAUUAACCAAUGCUAAUACUUAAUCAAUCCAAGGUUAUAAUAGGCCUACACUUGCUUAGUUACAUGUGUUGAUUACUAUUUCUAUUAACCUAGCUGGUAUUGCUCAUUCUGAUACUUAAUUAUUUUUUAAACUUUUCGCAUUGUGUGUGUUGUUCUGUAUUGCUAGAUAAUAUUGCACUGUUGGAGCUAGAAAACACAAGCAUUUCGCUGCACCUGCGAUGAAAUCUGAAAAUCUGUGUACGUGACUGAUAAACUUUAAUUUGGUAAUUGUCUUUGGAAUGAACAGCUCUCCUAUGAUGUAACAUUUUCAUUAUUACUUUCAAUUCAUGUUGUGCAAUAUGUAUUGUACCUUGUCAAGUGAAGCAAGUUGAAUAAAGAACACUUGCUAUA